AACCCCUGGAGCUGGGCGCUCGGGAGGUAUUGUCCGUCACCCUGAGGCUUUGUAACGUCGUCGUUUCUCACCUGGCCCGCGGGCGCGUCCUGGCCGCUGCAGCCCGGGCCGGGGUGCCGGCCGCCGCCGCCGCCGCCGCCAUGGUGUCCCCGGUCACUGUGGUGAAGAGUGAAGGACCCAAAUUGGUGCCCUUCUUCAAGGCCACCUGCGUGUAUUUUGUGCUCUGGCUGCCCUCGUCCAGCCCGUCGUGGGUCAGUGCCCUCAUCAAGUGCCUGCCUAUCUUCUGCCUCUUGCUCUUCCUUCUGGCCCAUGGCCUAGGAUUCCUGCUGGCCCACCCCAGUGCCACUCGCAUCUUUGUGGGGCUUGUCUUCUCUGCUCUAGGUGAUGCCUUCCUCAUCUGGCAGGACCAAGGAUUCUUUGCACACGGUCUGCUGAUGUUUGGUGUGGCCCACAUGCUCUACGCCUCAGCCUUUGGCAUGCGACCAUUGGCUCUUCGGACAGGUCUGGUGAUGGCAGUGCUAUCGGGCCUGUGCUAUGCCCUCCUCUACCCGUGCCUCUCAGGUGCCUUCACCUACCUGGUGGGGGUCUACGUGGCCCUUAUCGGCUUCAUGGGCUGGCGAGCUAUGGCAGGGCUGCAGCUGGUCGGGGCAGCCUGGCGCUGGACUGAGCUGGCGGCUGGCGGUGGCGCAGUGUUCUUUAUCAUCUCAGACCUGACCAUCGCUCUCAACAAGUUCUGCUUUCCUGUGCCCUACUCACGGGCACUCAUCAUGUCCACCUACUACGCCGCCCAGAUGCUCAUCGCCCUGUCAGCUGUCGAGAGCCGGGAUCCUGUGGAGGACUAUAGACUGAGCAAGGCCAACUGAGGUGCCAGGGUCUGGUCACCUCUCUCCUCCUGGGGCUGGGGUCCAGACCCUGGGAACCUGCAGGAGCUGGAUCAGGAUGGCUGCAGUGCCAGCCUGGGGCAGCAGGUACUAUGUGGGGAAUUCACAAGUUUGAGGGGGUAAGAAGGAAAAGGAUCUCCCUAGCAAAGCUAGCAGUCCAGGACGAUGCUGACAGCUAAAAGAGCCAGCCUAACCCCUCGCUGGAGCCAGAAGUAGACAUCUCCCCACCUCUACCCAAUCAGGACUGUCAAAGCCCCCCUGGAGGGUGAUGGUGCUCAGCUUCUUGACCCCACUUUCCCUAGUAGGUGGAAGAAUCUGACUCUCUCUCUAGUCAGAUGCCUAGUACCAAUGGCAAUGGUGGGCUCACCCACCCUCACCUUUUCUGAUCUAGAAUUUGAAGGAAAGAGGGGAGAAAUCUGUACUGAGAAGGCCCAGCCCUAGGCCCUUUCACAGGCCUCCAGUUGGGAAAAUUGGAUGAGAGUAGAGUCUCCCUUUCCCUCUUCUAUCCUUGUUACUUGAACAAUCUCAAUCUCUAAGUGGUGGGUGGGAAGGUGAAGGGGUGUCUCUCCAGGUGAGGCAGGAGUGGGAGCUUCUUUGGUCUGGAGCUUGGGGUACAAAGGAUUCCAGUUGGCCCCAUCUCUCUCGUAGGCCAGCCCAAAACUCAGGCCCCAUACCACCAUCCUCAGCCCCUGUCCCCAGGGCUAGGGUGAACCAUGCCAAAGGAAGGGGCAAGCCUGUGUCUGUCUGUGUGUCUCUUGUGUGUUUGUGUGUGUAUAGUCUGUCUCUCAGCCUGCUUAUGUCUUUCUCUGCCGUAUGUCUCUGUCCUGCUGUCUGUCAAGGUCUCAUAGGGAGAGGGCCUCAGGGAGCUGCUGAGGGGGUGCUGAGCCUGGCUUAGAGAGCUGGGACCCUUCCCCCGCAACACACACACUCUCAAUGCUUUCCUCCCUUCCCCUCCUGCAGUAGGAGCAAGAGGAGGGGGUUCCAAUGACACUCUGGGUUUAUAAGACCCAAGGCACAUUCAAUGCAAGGCGUGCAAGGAUGGGACAACUCCAUCCUCUACUGCCCAUGUAAAAAAAAAUAAAAUAAAAAUCAAGGGCCAUUGGCUACCCCGCU